AUGUGUGCGAGCGUCAAAAUAUUUAGACAGAUCAGAGUCGAAAUUUGGAAAACAGAGAUAUUUGGAAUACUGCAACUGAAGGUGGACCGUCUCACUGGCAAGGUCACCAACUAUUAUUUGAUUGAAAAUGAUUCGAUUGAAAGUUAUACAUGUAGUUCUAUGAUUGAUGUUCGUGAUGAAAAU